AAUAAUAAUAAUAAUAAUAAUAAUAAUAAUAAUAAUAAUAAUAAUAAUAAUAAUAAUAAUAAUAAUAAUAAUAAUAAUAAUAAUAAUAAUAAUAAUAAUAAUAAUAAUAAUAAUAAUAAUAAUAAUAAUAAUAAUAAUAAUAAUAAUAAUAAUAAUAAUAAUAAUAAUAAUAAUAAUAAUAAUAAUAAUAAUAAUAAUAAUAAUAAUAAUAAUAAUAAUAAUAAUAAUAAUAAUAAUAAUAAUAAUAAUAAUAAUAAUAAUAAUAAUAAUAAUAAUAAUAAUAAUAAUAAUAAUAAUAAUAAUAAUAAUAAUAAUAAUAAUAAUAAUAAUAAUAAUAAUAAUAAUAAUAAUAAUAAUAAUAAUAAUAAUAAUAAUAAUAAUAAUAAUAAUAAUAAUAAUAAUAAUAAUAAUAAUAAUAAUAAUAAUAAUAAUAAUAAUAAUAAUAAUAAUAAUAAUAAUAAUAAUAAUAAUAAUAAUAAUAAUAAUAAUAAUAAUAAUAAUAAUAAUAAUAAUAAUAAUAAUAAUAAUAAUAAUAAUAAUAAUAAUAAUAAUAAUAAUAAUAAUAAUAAUAAUAAUAAUAAUAAUAAUAAUAAUAAUAAUAAUAAUAAUAAUAAUAAUAAUAAUAAUAAUAAUAAUAAUAAUAAUAAUAAUAAUAAUAAUAAUAAUAAUAAUAAUAAUAAUAAUAAUAAUAAUAAUAAUAAUAAUAAUAAUAAUAAUAAUAAUAAUAAUAAUAAUAAUAAUAAUAAUAAUAAUAAUAAUAAUAAUAAUAAUAAUAAUAAUAAUAAUAAUAAUAAUAAUAAUAAUAAUAAUAAUAAUAAUAAUAAUAAUAAUAAUAAUAAUAACAAUAAUAAUAAUAAUAAUAAUAAUAAUAAUAAUAAUAAUAAUAACAAUAAUAAUAAUAAUAAUAAUAAUAAU